CAGCAGCCCUGGAAGAAGGGCCCGUCGGGCCGAGAUCGGGCAUCGAUUGGCCCUGCCUAGCGCAGCCCCGGCCCCUGCGGCGGACUGCGGUGCUCCGCAGGCCUGAGCAGUCGCUCCGGCUGCGCUCGGGGAGUGAGCCAGGUGAGCCGCCCAGGAAGGCUGGGCGGAGGCGGGAGCGGGGAUGCUUUUCUAUCCCUGCGUCCUGGAUCACCUUUUCUUCGGCCCAAAUCCGGAGGAUGGGAAAAGGGGUGUAGAUGGGAGAGGGAAGCGGGCAGGAGAAAAUCGGGGUUGGGAGAAAGACGGUCCCUUUUGGAAAGAGGCGCGUAUACCCAAGUGUCUGCGUGUGUGUGUGUGUGUGUGUGUGUGUGUGUGUGUGUGUGUGUCUGUGUUGUGUGUUUUGGCCUGGUGCGGGCUGCACGGUUGCUGGUUGUUUCUGUGUACCUGCGAGCAUGUGCCUGUUUGUUCCUUGGAGUCAGAGCUCAAUUCUGCGCCCGCAGGGUGUACAGGUAUGUGCCAGCCUGGGUUUGGACCUUGGGGCUUGAUGAUCAUUGCGUCUUUGCCUUCACCACUGUGGGUCAUUCUACAUUUGCGUUUCCGUACAUGGUUCACUUUUGUUUCUGAGAGUAAAUUCCUGGAGGAGUUACUAAAGCUUGCUGCUCUCACCUGGAUACUAACACUGAGGCCCGCCCCCUUCUCUCGGCAGCCUGGGGCCCAGGCCUGGGCCACCAUGGCACUGCCUCCAUGGCCAGCUACCCUCCCGCACACACUUCUGCUCCUGCCGGCCCUUCUGAGCUCAGGUUGGGGGGAGCUGGCGCCACAAAUUGAUGGUCAGACCUGGGCAGAGCGGGCACUUCGAGAGAAUGAACGCCAUGCCUUCACCUGCCGGGUGGCAGGAGGACUUGGCACCCCUCGAUUGGCCUGGUACCUGGAUGGACAGCUGCAGGAGGCCAGCACCUCAAGACUGCUGAGUGUGGGCAGGGAGGCCUUCUCUGGAGGCACCAGCACUUUCACUGUCACUGCCCAGCGGGCCCAGCAUGAACUCAACUGCUCCCUGCAGGACCCAGGCAGUGGCCAGUCAGCCAAUGCAUCCGUCAUCCUCAAUGUGCAAUUUAAGCCGGAGAUUGCUCAGGUUGGGGCCAAGUACCAGGAAGCUCAGGGCCCGGGCCUUCUGGUCAUCCUCUUUGCCCUCGUGCGUGCCAACCCGCCUGCCAACGUGACCUGGAUCGACCAGGAUGGGCCAGUGACUGUCAACACCUCGAACUUCCUGGUGCUGGAUGCCCAGAACUACCCCUGGCUCACCAACCACACCGUACAGCUGCAGCUCCACAGCCUGCCACACAACCUCUCAGUGGUGGCCACAAACGACGUGGGUGUCACCAGUUCCUCGCUUCCAGCCCCAGGGCUCCUGGCCACCCGGGUGGAAGUGCCACUGCUGGGCAUCGUUGUGGCUGGAGGGCUUGCCCUAGGCACCCUGGUGGGGUUCAGCACUUUGGUGGCCUGCCUGGUCUUCAGGAAAGAGAAGAAGACCAAAGGCCCCUCCCGGCGCCCAUCCCUGAUCUCUAGUGACUCCAACAACCUGAAACUCAACAACGUGCGCCUGCCACGUGAGAACAUGUCCCUCCCGUCCAACCUUCAGCUCAAUGACCUCACUCCAGACUGCAGAGGUACACCAAGCAAGCUGUUUGCCCCAGCUUUAUCUUCAGAGGUGUUUCUGAGAAAAAAAAAAGAGACACUGGACCUUAGGAGGCCUAGGCCCCAUCGGGCACAUGCCUCAUCCUGGGCACCACCCCCUCUGCCACCCCACAGGGAAACCAGCGGACCGGCAGACGGCUCAGGACAACAGCCGGCCAGACCUUCUGGACCCGUUGCCUGGGGGCCUCCUCACCAGCCGAGCCACGCCAUUCAGGAGCUUAGUUCCUGGGACAGGGAUUGAACCUGGCCUUUGGGAGUGAAGUGUGAAGCCCUAACCACUGGACCGCCAGGGAGCUCCCAGUCCACCAUAUUUUAAACUUUGUUUAUGGUAACUAUUAGAAUUUGUUAUUUGUAUGAGUCUAUAAACUGUCACAUUUUCCACAUGACUUUUUUUCUUUUCUUUUUUUUUUUUUUUUUCCACAUGACUUUUAAGAUUCUUAUUACACAAAGAAAUACUUCACCAUCCCAACAGUAGUAAGUAUUGGGUUGGCCAAAAGAUUUGUUUGGGUUUUCCCAUAACAUCAUACAGGAAAACCCGAACGAACCUUUUGGACAACUGAAUAUUCUCCUAUAUAAAAAAAUGGUACUUGUAAUAGCUUUAUUUUUACUUCAUUGUUUAACUCAUUUGGAAUUCAUGUAUGCAUAUGGUUGGGGCUUUCCUGGUGGCUCAGUGGUAAAGAAUCUGCUUGCAAUGCAGAGACUCAGGUUCAAUCCCUGGGUCGGGAAGAUCCCCUGGAGGAGAGCAUGGCAAGCCACUCUAGUACUCUUGCCUGGAGAAUCCCCACGGACAGAGGAGCCUGGCGGGCUACAGUCCAUGAGGUCUCACAGAGUCCGACACAACUAAAGCAACUGAGCAGCGGCAGCAGCAUGCAUAUGGUUGAGGCAUAGAUCUGUUUUUCUCAAGUGACUGGUCAGUAAUCUCAUCACAACCCAUUCUACCUGUAAUCCUUUAACCAUCUUUCUUGGGCAUGCUUGAUGGUCCAGUGGUUAAAAUUCUGUUUCCACUGCAGGGGGCGUGGGUUUGAUCCCUGGUGGGGGAACUAAGAUCUUGCAUGCUGUGAGGCAUGGCCAAAAAAAAAAGUAAAAUAACCAUCUUUCUUAUAGAGCAAAUUUCCACAUUUACGUGCGUUUUUUCUGGGUUGUCUAUGUGCUGCUGAUCUAGCUCUAUUCCUAACCAGAACAUUAUUAUUUACUAUAGCUCUAUAAUUUUCUAAUGUCUGAUAGGGCAAAUCCUCCAUCAUUUUUUCCCUGAAAUUUUAAUUAGACUUGAAAGUUGACUCUCUCAGAUAACCUUUGUUACAAACAUUUCAAUUUCUAAAAAAUAAUGCAGUUGAAAUCCGAACUGCAAGGGCACCCCACUGCCAUGGUGCACUGGGGAAGGCUGACGGGGCCUCCAGGAACGUGGCUUGACUCCUCAUUCGCUGCAGCUAGUGCUGCCCUCCGCUCAAGUUGUGUAAUUUGCUUUCAAAAAGGUCUUGACAAUUUCUUAUGAAAUAUAUUCCCGGGCACCUUUUAAAAAUUUAGGAUCAUUAGGAAUGGGACAUCAGCUACUCAAAACAGGACAUAUACCUCUGUGGAAAGGGUAAGUCCACAGUGGUAAUACUUUAGGUACAUACAUUCACCAAAAGUUACGUGUUCAAAGCAAUAGUAUAAUAAUAUUACAGAGUAAUUUCUAACAGCUCAAACUUGGAAACUACUCAAUGGCUAUCAUAGAAUGGAUAAAUAAAUUGUCCUAUAUUCAAACAAUGGAAUACCAUAAUUAGAAUAAAUGUAUAACCACAAUCUAAGAAACAAUAUGGAUAAAUCUCUACAUGGAUGAACAAUACAGAUGAGCAAAUAAACAAGACACAAAGGAACGUGAUUAGAUUUAGAUAAAAUACAAAACAGGCAAACCUAAUUUGUGCUGUUAGAAGUCAGGAUGGUAGUUAAGUUGGGAGACAGAAGCCUGAGGGGGCUUCCAGGAUGCCAGCAGUGUUCUGGUUUUUUUCAUCUGAUGUGUUGGCUACACAAAGGUAUUUGGUUGGUGAAAAUUGAUCAACACUUAACGUGUUUGUUUCUGAUUUUAUAUUAUACAUAAAUUUAAAAGUUAAUGAUAAUAGUAAUACAAGAAGAGAGAAACUAUGGUUCCUAGAAUGAAUGCCACACUUUCUAAGCUCCUGCUACCUUCCACUCACCUUUCCCAAAAGUUCUUCAAACUCUGGAGACCACUCCUGCAUCAGUGUGUCAAUAUCGGGCAUGGGCCUAGAAUUAUAGCGGCAAGGGUAAACAGAAAACAUGGGCUGGUAUCGGCAAUCUUUGCAUCAUGAUAUUCUAGGCUGAAGGGAGGUUCUCAACCUGCACACAUUUGGAUUUCAAGAGAACACAGACUGGGUGGGCCACACUUACCCAAGACCUAGGGUUUGGAGAAGCUGGCUAAGUAAAAAUACCAGGUAAACCAUAAUCUUUAUGUCUGCAAUCUUAGCCAGUAGCGGCCAGGAUCCAUAGGUCCUGACGUUGAUAUAUUUCAAAUAUGUCCCAAUCUUGGCACCUCCUCCUCAGAAGCAAUGACUUCCUAGGUGGUGAAGAUUACCAUGGGUUACUAUGGUGAAGAAUGUGCUAUUUCUUACCUGGUAUAGUGCACAGUUGCAGGGGGCUUGGAACGGUGUAACUCAGAGAUGCUCUCAAUCCAUGUGUCAAUGGCUUUGGGAUUCUUUUCUGCAUCUUCCAGGCUCUUUACUUUCAUAUGUUGCUAGAAAAACAACAGGAAAGCCAGGCUGAUGGCAAUGAAGUAGCUCCCUUGUCUUCACAGAGAAGCUCAUCAUAUGCUGCUAUUUCAUAUUCGAGGUAACUGAUGAAAAGGGAAGCUUGCCAGUAGCCAAAUGAAGAUUAUAGAAAACCCUGAUAAAGUCUUCUGGAGCCAGGGGAAAGGGGCAAGUCAACAGGACAGAAAUGAUCACAAUGAGAGACCAUUUCAACCUAGUAGGAUGGCUAGAAUAAAAAAGACAGACAAUAUCAAGUGUUGGUGAGGAUGUGGAGAAAUUGGAACUCAUUCAUUGCUGAUGGGACUAUAAAUUGAUUCAACCACUUUGGAAAAGAGUUUAGCAGUUCCUCAAAAUAUUAAAUAGUUUCCAUAUGGCCCAGUAACCCUACUUCUACCUAUACCCAAGACAAAUAACAAUAUAUGUCCGUGCAAAAACAUGUACCUGUUCCUAGAAGCAUAAUAGAAGUGGGAUUAACAGGUAAAUGCAUAGACACAGUGUGAUAUAUCCAUACAAUGGAGCAUUAUUCAGCCAUAAAAAAGGGAAUGGCGUAGUGACCAGGGUUUAGGAGCAGGGGGAAUGAGGAGAGGAGUGACUACUAAUGGGUAUAGGGUUUCUUUCUGUUUGUUUUUGUUUCUGUGUUUUGGCUGCACUGAGUAGCUUAUAAAAUCGUAGUUCUCUGAUCAGGGAUUGAACCGGGCCCACAGCAGUGCUGAGCCCUAACCACCUAGGGAAUUACCAAGGGGUUUCUUUUUGGAAUAU